CAAACCUCCUUCGGUCCAGGUUUGCUGGCCUCUUUGGACUCCCUGACUAGCGAUGACGGCCUUCCAAGACCACGGAUGAACUUUUUUUUUUAUUUCUUUAGAGAGACAGGUGGUCGCAUUUUCAGACUUUCUCUCUGAGGUAUUGAGUUGCUAGCCUGUUUCGAAACUCCCUCCCGUCUACUCAACUCAUGCGCCGCAUGAUGCCACUGCUGUGCCAGUGAGAGAGCAUGUUGGCUCCGGAACGCUGUCAAACGACCAGUCCCUCAGGUGGUGGAAAGAGCCUCUUUCCUUAAGAAACAUGAGACGCGGAAUCUCGUCGCCCUACUGCAAGGCUGCCGCGGCUAUGGCGGCGCCUCUCCAUCUCACUCUCAGCAACGUGCCGCGCCGGACUCGCAUGCUGGUGUUUGCCGUGCUCGGCGCCUGCUUUCUCCUGCUGCUCGCGCGGUCGAGUGGCUCGGACGGGGCUUUGAACGGGUCUCCGUUGCGGUUUGGGGGGCUCGGCAGGCCACCGCGAUACGACGUGCUGGAUUUUGUUGAACCCCUGAUUGGGACGACGAAUGGAGGCCAUGUCUUCCCCGGCGCAACACUACCCUACGGCAUGGCCAAGCCAGUGGCCGACACGCUCUCCCCGGCCGAGAACGCCGCCGGCUUCGUGUCCGACUCGAACCCCGUCACGGGCUUCAGCCACAUGCACGACUCCGGCACGGGCGGCCAGCCGUCGCUGGGCAACUUCCCCUUGUUCGUGCACCCGGGCUGCCCGGACGACGACUACGCGCAGUGCGCGUACAGCGUCAUGCACCGCGGCACUAAGAGGGUCGAGGGCUCGGCCUUUGCCGCGCCCGGCUAUUUCCGGGUGAAUCUGACGAACUCGGUGCAGGCCGAGAUGACGGCGACGAUGCAUGCCGCACUGUAUCGGUUCGGCUUCGAUGGGAACGGGACGGUGCGUGUGUACGGACCGGAGACGGGGAAUCAGGAACAGGCGGGGGAGGAGAAGGCGGAGGAGGUGGCGGUGGAAGUGCCGUACUCGCCGCUGGUGGUGGUGGAUCUGGUGGAUCUGAUGAACAGCCGGAGCGCUGGCAGCAUCAAGGUCGACCCUGACUCGGGCCGCGUGGUGGGCGAGGGGAAGUAUGGCCCGUCGUUUGGCACGGGCAAGUAUCACGCGUAUUUCUGUGCGGAUUUCAGGGGGCCCGCCAUCCGCAGGACGGGGACGUUCAAGACGAACAACGCGACCGAGGAGCCCAAGGCCCUGGACGGAGUCGGCGAGGGUUUCUACAUCCCCACGGGAUCGGCGGGGGCGUGGAUCCAGUUCGAGAGGCCUGCAGAGAACUCCAUUCUGGCCAGGGUUGGCGUGUCGUUUAUCUCGGUCGACCAGGCGUGCGAGAACGCCGAGAGGGAGAUCGGAGACUGGCACUUUGAGAGGGUGGAGAGCGACGCGAGGAAGGCGUGGCGGGAGAAGCUGGGAGUGGUUCAGGUGGAUGCCAGGGGGGUGAGCGAGGAACUGCAGACGACGUUCUGGUCGGGCCUUUACCGGACGCUGCUGUCGCCACAGAACUAUACCGGGGAGAAUCCGCUGUGGAACUCGACCGAGCCGUAUUUUGACUCCUUCUACUGCAUCUGGGACUCUUUCCGCGCGCAGCACCCACUGCUGACCAUCAUCGACCCGGCUGCGCAGACCGAGAUGGUGCGCGCUUUGAUCGACAUUUACAGGCACGAAGGGAAACUGCCCGACUGCCGGAUGAGCUUCUGCAAGGGUUUUACCCAGGGUGGCUCCAACGCGGAUGUGGUGAUUGCCGAUGCCUUCAUCAAGAACCUGAGAGAGGGCAUCGACUGGGACGCUGCAUACGAAGCCGUCGUCUCGGACGCCGAAGUCGAACCCAAGCAAUGGGGGCUCGAAGGACGCGGAAACCUCGAGAGCUGGCACAACGUCGGCUACAUCCCGCAGGACGACGUCGACAGGAACGGCACUGGCCCGAACAGCCGCACCGUCAGCCGGGGCGUCGAGUACGCCUACGACGACUUCUGCAUCUCGCUGCUGGCCGAGGGCCUCGACCGCGCGGCCGACGCAGCCAAGUACCGACGCCGCAGCGGCAACUGGCGCAACUACUGGAACCCGGACCAGCCCGACCUUUACCGCGAACACGACGACGAUGACGGCGCUGACGGCACCGGCAAGGUGCUGCAGACGGCCUUCAAGGGUUUCAUGCAGCCGCGGCUGCUCAACGGCACGUUCCGGUACCAGAACACGCGCGCGUGCUCGCCCGUCCAGGACAUGCACAAGUGCUACUACGACACGGGGCUCGACACGUAUGAGGGCAGCCCCUGGCUGUACAGCUUCUACGCGCCGCAGGACAUGGCCUCGCUGAUCGCGCUCAUGGGCGGGCCGGAGCACUUCGUCGCCCGCCUCCGCUUCUUCCACACCAGCGGCAUCGCCUACAUGGGCAACGAGCAGGCCUUCCUGCCCGUCUUCCAGUUCCACUACGCCGCCCGCCCGGGCGUGAGCAGCUUCUUCGUGCGCGAGUACAUCCCAAGCCUGUUCAACGCCAGCGUGAACGGCAUCCCGGGGAACGACGACUGUGCCAUGGGCGCGUUCAGCGCCUUCGCCAUGAUGGGCUUCUUCCCCGUCGCCGGGCAGGACGUGUACCUGCUCACCACCCCGUUCUUCCCCGAGGUGAGGAUCAAAGCCAGGACCGAGGGGAAGUGGGCCGUGAUUCGGGUGAGGAAUUUCGAUCCGGCGGGGAAGAGGAUAUACAUCCAGCGGGCGAAGCUUAACGGGAAGAAGUAUACCAGGAAUUGGAUCACGCACGAGUUCUUCGUUAAGGGGGGUGUACUGGAGUUGGUGGUCGGCGAAGAGGAGGGCGUGACCUGGGGUAGGGCAGACGCCGAUUUGCCGCCGAGUUAUCCCGUUGAAUGGGACCAGGUGGACGAUGUACCGGAUGGCCUCUCUAGUGUAGAUAAUAAUUAG